AGGAGGCACAGCCUUGUCCUUUCUUAAAACUCAGAUCAGCCGGGGCGCUGUCUCGUAUCCCGCACAUUGUUUGUUACACUCGUUUGCCUUAAUAAUAAUCCUUCACCUCUUCCCACAGCCUCCUGGCAAUCUCCAGCUUAUCAUAUAUUAAACAGCUCUACCCCUUUUCUGAAGAAACAGCCGCACUCCACCUUUGUCACAUUUCGAACAAAAUGUUGACCAAAUCCCUCUUCACAGGCGCAACCCUAGGCCUUCUCCUUUCAUCGGCAGUUGCCCAUGAGGCCCCUGUCGUCAAAGACAACGAACCCCAAGCCGUGUAUGAAGCUGUUCUUCAGGACAAAGACAACACCACUGUUCGAGGAACGUUCACUACCCAUGGUGCUGAGGAUGGAAUUGGGAUUCAAUUUCGUGUCGUUCUUACUGGUGUUCCAAAUGACACAUUUUUAAACUAUCACAUCCACGACAAGCCGGUGCCGAAAGAUGGCAAUUGCUAUGCCACCGGUGGUCACCUAGACCCUUACAUGCGAGGUGACCAGCCUCCUUGCAAUACCACCGUACCUCAGACAUGCCAGGUCGGCGACAUAAGCGGAAAACAUGGCCCUGUCUGGACUACCGAUGGCAACUUCGAAGUCUUGUACAGGGACUUCUUCCUUUCGAAUGUGGAGGACACUGUCGCCUUUCUCGGCAAUCGCUCGGUCGUUGUCCACCUGCCUGAUAACACAAGGAUCAACUGUGGUAAUUUCCACCUGGUGUCUGAUGGGGAGGAGAAAACGAAAGAGGCGAAGAAAGACCAGGGCUGUUGAUAAGACGUGCCUUUCUUGCUAAUCAUACGUCCACCUUUGAUCCUAGUAGUAGGACACCUCGGUCUCGGCUAUGGAUGAUUUUGAGACCUGGCCGAUGCCUGUCGUAUCGCUUUACGGUUUACCUUUUCUUGUAUUGUCG